UCAAAACUAUGGGAAACAAAUUAAAAAGAAGAAAGACUUUUGGGUCAAGACUACGAAGAAGAAUACAAUUACACAAUUCGUCUUGGUCUUCUUCUUCACCAACAAGUCUUUCUCACGAAUUUUUUCCCGAUGGAUUCUCGGAAUUUUCUCGCAUUUUCCCUCUGUUUUCUCUUCAUUCUCUCCAAAAUCUCAUCUGCUCCUAACCGCUUCCUCACUCGAUCGAGUAACAAUAGAGAUGGGUCAGUGAUAAAGAUGAAAACAAGUGCUUCUUCUUUUGGGUUUGAUCCAACUCGUGUUACUCAACUCUCUUGGACUCCUAGAGCUUUUUUGUAUAAAGGGUUUCUUUCUGAUGAGGAAUGUGAUCACUUUAUCAAAUUGGCGAAAGGAAAGCUUGAGAAGUCAAUGGUGGCUGAUAAUGAUUCUGGUGAGAGUGUUGAGAGUGAAGUACGCACAAGUUCUGGAAUGUUUUUAUCCAAAAGACAGGAUGAUAUUGUAGCAAAUGUCGAGGCAAAACUUGCUGCGUGGACCUUUAUUCCCGAAGAAAAUGGGGAAUCGAUGCAAAUACUGCAUUAUGAGAAUGGUCAAAAAUAUGAACCGCAUUUUGACUACUUUCACGACCAGGCUAAUCUAGAGCUCGGUGGUCAUCGGAUCGCCACUGUAUUGAUGUACUUGUCCAAUGUUGAAAAGGGAGGAGAAACAGUGUUUCCCAUGUGGAAGGGUAAAACAACUCAGUUGAAAGAUGAUAGCUGGACCGAAUGUGCAAAACAAGGCUAUGCAGUGAAACCAAGGAAAGGGGACGCAUUGUUGUUCUUCAAUCUACACCCAAAUGCAACCACAGAUUCAAAUAGCUUACAUGGAAGCUGUCCGGUGGUUGAGGGAGAGAAAUGGUCAGCAACCAGAUGGAUUCAUGUUAGAUCAUUCGACAGAGCGUUUAGUAAGCAAUCUGGAUGUGUGGACGAGAAUGUGAGCUGCGAAAAAUGGGCAAAGGCAGGGGAAUGCCAGAAGAAUCCAACAUACAUGGUUGGUUCAGACAAAGACCAUGGAUAUUGCAGAAAGAGUUGCAACGUUUGCUCAUCUUAAGAACAACGACAACAAGUAAAAUCAAAGCUUUUAUUAAAGGAUCAAAAUUUUUGUAUAGCGAAAAACCGGGUUUUCGCCAUUCGGGUAGAUAAACAUUUCGUCAAUAGAAUGAAUUAUAGAACAAUAUACUAAAAAAAUAAUUCUGAUUCUAUGUUACCAGUUAUGUUCCUUAUGGUUCAUAAUUAGACCAAAACUUGAUAAAAGUCAGUUUAUUUUAUCA